GUUACACUAUAAAAUACAAUUUUACGUUCAACAACUAAAAAAGAAUAAAUAAAAUUAUAGUGUUGUUUACGUGUCUUGCUUUGUUUGUUGUUUAUUUGUUUGUUUAAGUAAAUUGAAACUCAAGAAAUUGAUACUUUUUAAAUAUUUUAAAAAUUACAUUCCAACAACAAUGGAGCAAAUGAAGUUUAUUGUUGUCGUUUUUGUUGCGUUAUGUGGAAUAUAUUCAACUGUAGAAGCACAAGAUAAAGUAUCUGUUGCAGUAUACUACGAAUCACUAUGUCCUGAUAGUAUUAAAUUUAUUACUAAACAAUUGUACCCAACAUUACAACAUGAAAAUCUUAAUAAAUACAUUGAUUUGAAAUUGGUGCCAUACGGAAAAUCAUCACAAGAAUUUUCAUCAGAAGGUUGGAGAUUUAUUUGUCAUCAUGGACCAAAUGAAUGCUACGGAAAUAAAGUUCAAGCAUGUGCAUUAUCAUUGUCCAAGGAUAAUUCUAACAUCGUUAGCAAAGAAGUUGUUGGAUACAUUAAUUGUUUGAUGUCCAAAGUAGACAAAGAUUCGAAUCCAUUUACUUACCCAACCAAAGAGUGCGCAUCAGCAAACAAUAUUCAAAAUGUGGUUCAAAUUGAAUCAUGCGCAAAUGGAACUGAAGGUUCCACCGCUUUACAACAAUUGGGAGUUACAACUCAAAGUUUACGACCUGAAUUAAAAUCUGUACCAACAAUUAUAUUUGAUAAUUUAUUUAACCAAGAAGAUCAAACUUUAGCUGUUGACAACUUCCAAAAAGCAUUAUGUUUAAAAUUGAAAAAUCGUGAUCAAAUUCCAGAAUGUCAAGGAAGUGGAGCUGGUUUCAGUACUCCCCUUAAAAUAGUGACAAUUGCGUCAGCAGUGCUAGUAUCCGUAAUGCAUUUGUAUUAAAUGUUUUAUAAAUACGGUACUUAAUGGUAAUUAAGACGUAAUUUCAUCUUUUUUAAAUGUACAAUAGUU